ACCUUCUCCGUGGACCUCUCAACGCAGGACACUCUUCUUCACCGACAAACGCUUGGAGUAACACCAAUUUAGCGGAUAUUUUCCCACGGAUAUCACAUGAGAGGUUUUUUUUUUUUGGUGUGUGUUUAUUUUAUUCCCGAAAGUGUUGACGUUUCAACGUCAUGGUCGUAAAGUGAGCCAACAUGUCGGACGACGAGGAAAAUGUGCCUUCGUUUCUCGACGACGUAAGAGUAAAGUUUGUCGAGGGCAAAGUUUGUAAGUUCCUACAAAUGCAGCAUCAAGUGUGGGAUAAAAGUGCUGCCAGUCAAGACUUCCAAACACUUUUGGCAGACCUUUUUGAAAAACACACGGCUGUUUAUUUUUCUUUGUCAAAGACAGGUAGUCUGGUCGCUACUAAUGAGACACCGAGUGUUGCCAGAAAUAGGCUCAUUUAUACCACAAAGAAGCGAGCUGACCCCGUCAAUUCAGAAAACUACAGGGAGCUUCUGCUUUUUGGUGUACUGGCUCCAUGUCCAUUACUGCAACUGUCAAUCAUAGUUGAACAGAUAUGUGCCCCAUUGCUGUCCAACAACCUUAACCAGCACACAUGGCCACAACUGUUAUCUGAGGAUGUUACUCAAAAUGCAAGGAGUAUAUGCAGUAAAACAUCAGUUGUGCGGAGACGUGCAUUGGGGAAAUCUGUCCUCGCUGUCCCACCUGAUACAGACUGGAUAGGAAAUGCAUCCAGUUCAUCUAAAAUGUAUGGUAACUAUGACAGGGCACUGGCUCACAACAUAGAGACCCAGGUCAGUAACUGGACCAAUCUGAUCCAGAGAUUGUUGAAGGAGGAUUCAUCAGACAUACUUCUGACUGGCAGUAACCCUGGGCCCGAUGCAGAGCUGAGGUUUUGGGCUUCCAGGAAGAGCAAUAUUCAGAGCAUCUAUCAACAGCUUCAGAGUCCUGUUGUUCAGGAGAUGGCAAAGAUGUUGGAGAUGAUGGAAAGCAGCUAUUAUCCUGCCAUAAAGAGCCUGAUAGGAAAUGUAUUUGAUGCACUCGAAGAAGCAGAGGACAUUGACCUGUAUCUACAGCCACUGUGUGUUCAACUUUCUCAAAUGGAAAAUGAAGGAUUCGCACACUUUGAAGCCUCCAUCCCUGCACUGUUUCAUCUGUUAUUCCUCAUCUGGACUAAUUGCCAACCAUAUCAAAGGCCCACACGAAUCGUUGUUUUACUUCAGCAGUAUUGCAAUCUGCUCAUUGAACAGGCAUCUACAUAUUUGUCUGCUGACUUAUUACUGCGAGAAGACCCUGAGGAAGGUCUACACAUGGUGAAGAGGGUGAUAAAACUCUUCAGAUGUUUCAAAGAGAGUUAUCAGAGUCAAAGGGAGAGGUUGGCAAGCCGUGCAAGACAUGCUCCCUGGGAUUUCCCAUCUGUCAUGAUUUUCACACGUUUCAACAACUUCCUUAACCGCAUGCUACAACUGGAGGACAUUUUUGAAAUAAUGCUGGAAUACAAAAGAAUGGAAAAACUGGAAUUUGGUGGGCCGAAAGGCAAACUCUACAGUGAGCGUGUUGCUCAAAUGUACACUGAGUUCAGUGAGCACUGCCUGAAAUUGAUCCACUGUAAUCACAACACUCUUGACUGCAACGGCCAGGAUUUUGAGAAGGAAUAUAAAAAUUUCAAAGUGAAGAUUGUGGACUUUGAAUACCGAUUUGCCAGCCUACUGUGCUCAGCCUUUAAGGAUUGUGCAGGACUAGAAUCAGCAUUUAAACUGUUAACCAUUUUUGGACCUUUCCUUGAAAGAGGACACAUUCUACAAGUAUUCAGUCCCAACAUUCCUCUACUGCUGCAACAAUUCCGAGAUGAGCUGGACAAUUGUAAAUGGCUCUUUAAGUCACAAGUCAAUGAGUUGGAAAGUUGUUUGGGAACGAACAUGACUCGUAUGUCUGGAGUGUUAAAAUGGGCAACAAUGAUCAGAGAACGCAUUAAAGCCCCAUGGGAAAAAAUGAAAAUUGUGUUUAAAAGCAUUUUCAGAUCUGAGGGAGGCAUGGAUACAACAGAAGAACACCACAUAUCCACGGAGAUGAUUAGUCUUCUACACCAAUGGGAGGAAGGUGUUUAUACUGAGUGGUGUGAUGGUUUGGAGCAGGCUUGCCAGAUUAACCUGAAACAACCACUCAUUUUUAGAAACUCCUCAAAUGACCUCAUUGCAGUCAAUUUCAAUCCCAAGCUGGCUGAAAUCUUGAAAGAUGUGAAGUACAUUCAAACGCUCAACCUUAACAUCCCUGUGGCAGCCAUGACUGUUUUUGAGAAACGUGACCUUUUCACAAAGUAUGUGAGCAGUCUGCAGCUAAUCGUGCAAUGGUACAACAAACUCAAACAGUCUCUCCUCGAAAUUGAACUCCCACUCAUCAGAGAUGAACUGGCUUCAGUCGACCAAUUACUGAAAAGAGCGGAGACCGACGUGAUGUGGCAAGACCAGGACUGCUGGAGCUUCAUAAGCACCACAAAAAAACAAGCCGAAGACCUUGUUAACCGAGUCGUUAGAGCAAAGGAGAACCGUGAUGCCAUUCAAUCAAUGAUGAAGAGAUGGAGCAAACACACUAUGUUUUGCAGAAAGGACAACAAGAAAAGCUCACUGCUACAGCUUGAGGACAGGGGAGACCGUGUUAACAAGAUAUAUAGUUCAAUAAAACAAGAUGGAGACUCCAUCCACAAGUUGGUCCAGGAGAACAUGGUGCUGUUCAAUGCAGACCCAACUUCAGACGCUUGCCGGGCCUACAUGGACUAUGUGGACGAGAUGGUGGUCGAGGGUCUCUUCGGCUUCAUCGGUCACUCACUCCAAUUCUUUGUGGACAACAUGGACUCAUAUCCCAAGCAGGCCCCUCUAUUUGAGGCUCAUUUGAUGCUUACGGAUUCUGGGAUGAUCUUCCUUCCAUCACUGGAGAGAGAUGCAGGAGAUGGCUUCUAUGAGCUGUUAGAAGGACUGGUUGGAGAUAUAUUUAAGGCAUCAGUGAAUAUCAACAGGUUGGCUUCUGAUUUUAGCGUGGACAACUAUCAGGAUGUAAUGGAAGACAUGCUUGAUUUGUUGGAUUUGCGGAAGGACGUGAUGGAGAGAGUUGAGAAUGUCCGCAACAAAUCCAUAUCUUACCAGAGACAAUUUGAUUGCUACACCCAUUUGUGGCAAGAUGACCGGGCAGAGUUCCUCACCCAGUUCCUCUUGUAUGCACGAGUGCUAACACCUGAAGAGGUGGAGGCUCACAGAGCUGAUAUUCUCCCAGAGAGCCCUCCUACCGUUGAUCAAUUCAAAGAACAGAUUGAUUACUACGAGGACCUGUACUCUGAAACAUGCAAACUUGAAGAUUCCAGAGUAUUUGAUGGAUGGUUUCGGGUGGAUAUUAAGCACUUCAAAGCCAGCCUCCUAAACACUAUUAAGAAGUGGAGUUGGCUUUUUAAGGAGCACCUCUUGACAUAUGUCACGAACAGUCUUGAUGGCCUUCAAGGAUUUGUCCGAACUACUGUUGAAGGGCUUGCUAAGUGUGUGCCAAAAGGAGACUACCAGAGUCUGAUGGAAGUCAUGAGUCACCUCCUGGCCAUUAGAGACAGACAAGUUGUCACCGACAAGAUGUUUGAGCCUUUAAGGGACACAGUGAUCCUCCUAGAACGGCAUGGAGUGACCAUUCCUGACAAGGUCCAUUUUCAGCUUGAGGAACUCCCUGAAAAAUGGAAUGGGGCUAAAAAAUUGUCCUUAAAAGUGAGACAUGAGGUCGCUCCUCUGCAAAAUGAAGAAGUGAUGGUUUUACGAAGAUGCUGCUUGGAAUUUGAGGUGAAACAAAGCCAAUUCAGGGACAUCUUCAGAGCAACUGCACCUUUCAGUUACAAAACAUCUCAUCCCUACAUUAGUCUGGAUAAAUCUGAAAAAGCAAUCCGAGAAAUGGACAGAGAGUUGUCAGUGUUGCAGGCCUCAACACACCUAUUUGACGUCACAAUUCCUGAAUAUAAAGACAUCAAGCUCUGCAAACGCGAGAUCAUUGUUCUCAAAGAACUGUGGGACAUUGUCAUAUUUGUGCAUACCAGUGUGGAACACUGGACAAAGAGCAAGUGGAGGCAGAUAAACUUGGAGCAGAUGGAUGUAGAAUUGAGGGGGUUUGCUAAGGACAUGCGGAAGCUUGACAAAGAGGCUCGUGUAUGGAAUGUGUAUUCCGGUUUAGACCUUUUUGUGAAGAACCUGUUGACGUCACUGCGAGCUGUGAGUCAGCUACAGAACCUUGCAAUACGAGAGCGUCACUGGGUGCAACUAAUAAGGACAAUGCAGAUGAAUUUCACUGUGACUGAUCAUACCACCCUGGCGGACCUUUUGGCUCUGCAACUUCAUCUUUACGAAGAAGAGGUCCGCAGCACCGUGGAUAAGGCAGUUAAAGAAAUGGCCAUUGAGAAGGUUGUGACAGAAAUUAGUCAGAUAUGGGCAUCAAUGGAGCUUUCAUAUGAAGAUCAUUACCAAACCUCUGUGCCCCUUCUCAAAUGUGACGAGGAGCUCAUUGAGACGCUUGAGGAUCAUCAGGUUCAGCUACAGGGCAUCUUUCAGAGCAAGCACAUAUAUCACUUUCUUGGCGAAGUUGUGGAACUUCAGAGACAGCUAACAGUGGCUGACUCUGUGCUGAUGGUCUGGAUGGAGGUGCAGAGGACAUGGGCCUACUUAGAAAGCAUCUUUAAAGGCUGUGAUGAUAUCUGUCAGCAACUACCAACAGAUGCGCACAGAUUUCAAAUGAUCGACGCUGAAUUUCAGGAAUUAAUGUUGGACAGUGCAAAAAACAAACAUGUCAUUGAAGCCACCAAUAAACCCAAACUAUUUGCAAAGUUAGAGGAUUUUCAGAAAAGGCUGGCUUUAUGUGAAAAGGCUCUUGCUGAAUACCUGGAGACCAAACGACUUGCAUUUCCGAGAUUCUACUUUAUAUCAUCUGCAGACUUGUUGGAUAUUCUCUCGAAAGGAGGCCGCCCUAAAGAUGUAACGUGCCACCUGUUAAAACUAUUUGACAAUUUGUCUGAUGUGGAAUUCUCCAAAAAUCAUUCUAAACUUGCUGAGGGCAUGUACAGCAAAGAACGGGAGUAUGUACCAUUCCACAAGGGAUGUUACUGUAAUGGAGUGGUGGAGGUAUGGCUUGCCUGUCUGGAGGAUUCCAUGAGGGAAAGUGUUAGGUGUCAUCUGUCUGAGGCUGUAUCUGUGUACGAGGAAAGGCCCAGAGAGCAGUGGAUUCUUGACUUUCCAGCCCAAGUUGCUCUGACUGCAUCACAGAUAUGGUGGAGUAACGAUGUGGAGCUUGUGUUUAAAAGACUGGAAGAAGGAUUUGAGUCUGCUCUUAAAGACUAUAACAAAAAACAGGUUGCUCAACUAAAUGUGUUGAUUAACAUAUUGUUGGGUGAGCUGAGUCUUGGAAACAGACAGAAGAUCAUGACUAUUUGCACCAUUGAUGUGCAUGCGAGAGAUGUUGUUGCCAAUUUAAUUGCCCAAAAGAUCACCACCUCGCAGGCCUUCCAGUGGCUUUCCCAUCUCCGACACUGCUGGAAUGAGCAGCAGCGCCACUGUUUUAUUAACAUUUGUGAUGCCCAGUUCCCUUACCUUUACGAGUAUCUUGGAAAUACACCACGUCUAGUCAUCACUCCCCUUACAGACCGUUGCUACAUCACACUGACUCAGUCACUGCACCUGACCAUGAGCGGAGCACCAGCGGGUCCUGCUGGGACUGGCAAAACCGAGACCACAAAGGAUCUUGGCCGAGCAAUGGGUGUCAUGGUCUACAUCUUUAACUGUUCUGAGCAGAUGGACUACAGGUCAACAGGCAAUAUCUACAAGGGUUUAGCCCAAACUGGAGCAUGGGGAUGCUUUGAUGAAUUCAAUCGCAUCCCUGUCGAGGUUUUGUCUGUUGUUGCGGUGCAGGUGAAAACGAUCCAGGAUGCCAUCCGAUCUAAAAAGAAAAGGUUCCUGUUUCUGAAUACAGAAAUUGUCUUAAAGCCCUCUGUCGGGAUCUUCAUCACUAUGAAUCCGGGCUAUGCAGGAAGGACAGAACUACCUGAGAACCUGAAGGCUUUGUUCAGACCCUGUGCAAUGGUGGUACCGGACAUUGAGCUCAUCUGUGAGAUCAUGUUAGUGGCAGAGGGCUUCUGUGGUGCAAAGCUUCUAGCCAGGAGGUUUACUUCUCUUUACGUUUUGUGCAAAGAGCUUCUUUCCAAGCAAGACCAUUAUGAUUGGGGUUUACGAGCUGUCAAGUCUGUUUUGGUCGUGGCUGGUGCGCUCAGAAGAAGAGACAAGACAAAACCUGAGGAUCAGGUGUUAAUGCGUGCGCUGAGGGACUUCAACAUGCCAAAAAUUGUGACUGAUGAUGUCACCAUCUUCCUUGGAUUGCUGCGAGAUCUAUUUCCAGGCCUGGAAGUAGAGAGAGAAAGAGACUGGGACUUUGAAAACGAAGUAAAAAAUACCACAGUUUCUCUCCAACUCCAGCCAGAGGAAGCAUUUAUCCUCAAGGUGAUGCAAUUGGUGGAACUCAUGGCUGUGCGUCAUUCUGUUUUUGUUGUUGGAAAUGCUGGAACUGGGAAAAGCUCGAUAUUGAGGGUUCUCUAUAAAACGUAUUUAAACCUGAAGAUGAAGCCUGUCUGGAAUGACCUCAAUCCAAAAGCAGUUGUCAGAGAUGAAUUGUUUGGCUUUAUCCAUCCUGGAACUCGGGAGUGGAAAGACGGUUUGCUUUCAUCGCUGAUGCGAGAGCAAGCGAACAUGUCCCACCUUGGACCUAAAUGGAUUGUGUUGGAUGGAGACAUCGAUCCGAUGUGGAUUGAAUCACUCAACACAGUGAUGGAUGACAACAAGGUCCUGACUCUUGCUAGCAAUGAGCGGGUGCCACUCACCUCAUCCAUGAGGCUUGUUUUUGAAAUUAGCCACCUGAGAGCAGCCACUCCUGCCACUGUGUCCAGAGCAGGAAUCCUCUACAUCAACCAGCAAGACCUGGGCUGGAAUCCAUAUGUCACCAGUUGGAUUGACCAACGAAAACGACAAACAGAAAGGGCCCACUUAACCAUUCUGUUUGAAAAAUAUGUCCCACGUUGUCUUGAGAAGAUGAGAAACACCUUUAAGACAAUCACUCCAAUUCCUGAGAACUCUCUGGUGCAGACACUCUGCACUUUGCUCGACUGCCUUCUAACCCCAGAAAACAUUCCAUCUGACUCUUCAAGGGAGCUUUAUGAGACCUACUUUAUCUUUGCCUGCAUUUGGGCUUUUGGAGGGGCAUUGAGUCAAGACCAGCUCUUUGAUUACCGGCUGGAGUUCAGUAAGUGGUGGAGCAAAGAAAUGAAGACGGUGAAGCUGCCAGCACAGGGGACAGUGUUUGACUUCUACAUCGAUGGUCAAACCAAACGCUUUUUUCCUUGGAGUGACAUUGUUCCUCCCUUUGAAAUGGAAACUGGCACACCAUUACAAGCUGUUCUGGUACACACAGCAGAGACCCUACGUCUUCGCUACUUCAUGGACUUGUUGCUGGAGCGGAGACAGCCGCUUAUGCUUGUGGGGAACGCUGGAGUAGGGAAAACUGCACUUGUCAGGAAUAAGUUAAAUGAUCUGCCAGAGAGUUGCACAACUACAAAAGUACCCUUCAACUACUACACAACAUCCCUGGUGCUGCAGGAGACCCUAGAACGUCAGUUAGAGAAAAGAGCAGGCAGAAGUUACUCACCUGCAGGCAGCAAAAGGCUGGUGUACUUCAUCGACGAUAUGAACAUGCCAGCUGUUGACCCCUAUGGAACAGUGCAGCCUCACGCACUCAUAAGGCAGCAUCUGGAUUAUGGGCACUGGUACGAUCGACAAAAGUUGUCCUUAAAAGAAAUACACAACACACAAUAUGUUGCCUGUAUGAAUCCAACUGCUGGGAGCUUCAAUAUCAACCCAAGACUACAGAGACAUUUUUCGGUAUUUGCGGUGAACUUUCCUUCAGCCGAGGCUCUGAUGUCCAUCUUUGGGCAGAUCUUGAGCUGUCACCUGACACAGUACCACUUCAGUUUGCCGGUUCAGAAGAGCAUUGCAGCAGUAGUGCAGGCUGCAGUAACACUCCAUCACAAGAUGGAGCUUAGCUUUUUACCAACAGCCAUCAAAUUUCACUAUACAUUCAACAUGAGAGACAUGUCUAACAUCUUUCAGGGCGUCCUCUUUGCUCAACCUGAGAAUGUAGAAAAUAGCACUGAUCUGGCUCUGCUGUGGCUCCAUGAGUCCUGCAGAGUUUACUCCGACAGGCUAUUAGAUGUCAAAGACUUGCAGCUCUUCCGGAAGCUCCAGAUGGAGACUGUGCAUGAAUGCUUUGAGGGAUUUGAGGAUGAAAAGGUCACAAAUCAACCCCUUCUCUUUUACCACUUUGCCCAAAUGGGCAAGGAAUCCUCUUACACGGCUGUCACAGACUGGUCUGUGCUCAGGACCAUCCUCACUGAUGCGCUGGAGAGCUACAAUGAACUCAAUGCAUCCAUGAAUCUUGUACUGUUUGAGGACGCAAUGCAACAUGUCUGUCGCAUCAGUCGCAUCCUGGAGUCUCCGGGCAGUCACGGCUUACUGAUCGGGGUUGGGGGUAGUGGGAAGCAGAGCCUGACUCGUCUGGCUGCUUACAUUUCCUCUGUGGAAGUCUUCCAAAUCACAUUACACAAAGGUUACAGCAUCCAAGACCUCAAGAUGGAUCUAGCGGGUUUAUUCCUAAAGACUGGCGUGAAGAAUCAGCGUGUUGCUCUUCUUGUGACGGAUGCACAAAUACCCGAUGAGCGCUUUCUGGUCAUUGUUAAUGACUUACUGUCAUCAGGAGAAAUACCUGAAGUCUUCAGUGAGGAGGAAAUUGAGGGGAUUAUGUCCUCUGUGAGAGCUGAGGUCCGAGCUCAUGGGUUGCUUGACACUAAGGAGAACUGCUGGAGGUUCUUUACUGACAGAGUCCGACUUCAAUUGACGGUGGUGGUGUGUUUGUCACCAGUUGGAAAUGAGCUCCGACUAAGGGCCCGUCGAUUCCCCGCCCUCGUCCAGUGCACCACCAUUGACUGGUUUCAUCCAUGGAGCUCAGAAGCUUUGCAGUCGGUCAGCUAUAGAUUCAUCCAGGAGAUUGAUGACAUUGAGCCUGCUGUCCAGGAAUCCAUCAGUCUUUUCAUGGCCUACGUUCACACCAGUGUCAACGAAGCAAGUGAAAAAUACCACCGCGAUGAGAAGAGGCACAAUUACACCACCCCCAAGAGCUUUCUCCAGCAAAUCACGCUGUACACGAACCUUCUGCAAAAGUCCCGGGCCCAGCUCCAGCACAAGAUGAACCGGCUUGACAGCGGCCUUCAAAAGCUCCAAAGCACUGCUGCUCAGGUUGAGGACCUGAAAUCCAAACUAGCAGACCAAGAAUCAGAUUUGACCUUUAAGAAUCAGAAUAUUGAGGCUCUUAUUACAAAGAUUGGACUUCAGACUGAGAGGGUUAGCAGCAAAAAAGAGGCAGCAGAUGUUGAGGCACAAAAGGUCUCUCUCAUCCAGGCAGAAGUGUCAGUAAAGCAAAGGGAUUGUGAGAAAGACCUAGCCAAAGCAGAGCCGUUACUGACAGCUGCCACUGCAGCACUGAACACCCUCAACAAGGUAAAUCUUACUGAACUGAAGGCCUUCCCCAACCCUCCCCCAGCAGUUAUCAACGUAGCAGCAGCCGUGAUGGUUCUACUGGCUCCACGCGGUCGGGUUCCUAAGGAUCGGAGCUGGAAAGCCGCGCGGGCCUUCAUGGGCAAGGUGGAUGAUUUUCUGCAGGCACUGGUGUCAUAUGACAAGGAGCACAUCCAUGAGUCCUGUUUAAAUGUGGUCAAGCAAUAUUACCUUAAAAAGCCCGACUUCCACCCUGACCAAGUUAGGACCAAAUCUACGGCUGCAGCAGGACUCUGUGCCUGGACAGUUAACAUUGUUCGAUACUACGAGAUUUAUUGUGAGGUCAUUCCAAAGAGGCAUGCUUUAUCCCAUGCUAAUGCAGAACUAGAAACUGCAACAACUAAACUGCUGGCCAUCCAAAAGAAGUUGGUAGAAUUGGAUGCUAACCUCCAGAAUCUUACAGCUCAGUUUGAGAGAGCUACAGCUGAGAAAAUCAGCUGUCAACAGGAUGUAACCUGCACCAACCAGACCAUAGAGCUGGCCAACCGACUAGUCAGGGGCUUAGAGUCAGAGAAGGAACGUUGGUCACAGACGCUUGUUCAGUAUGAGAAGCAACAGAACACCCUGUGUGGGGAUGUUGCCCUCACGUCAGCAUUUGUCUCCUACAUGGGUUACUUUACCAGGCAGUAUCGUGCUGAACUCUUCAUUGAAAAAUGGAUCCCCUUCCUCCGAUCUCAGAAGGUCUCUGUACCCCUGACAGACGGCCUGGAUCCCAUCCUCAUGCUUACAGAUGAUGCCGCUGUGGCUGCUUGGCAUAACCAGGGUCUGCCAAAUGAUAGGAUGUCAACUGAGAACGCUGCCAUCCUGACCACCAGUGAGCGUUGGCCACUCAUGGUUGACCCACAGCAGCAGGGCAUCAAGUGGAUACGAAGCCACCAAGGCUCCAAGUUGAGAGUGGUGCAACAGGGACAGAAAGGUUACCUCAAUGUAAUUGAAGAGGCAUUAGCCUGUGGUGAAACAGUUCUCAUUGAGAAUGUGCUGGAAAAAUUCGACCCAGUCUUGCAACCUCUCCUGGGUAAAAACACCAUCAAAAGGGGAAGGUACAUUCAGAUUGGUGGGAAGGAGUGUGAAUACAACAGCGACUUCCGUCUUAUUCUGCACACCAAACUGGCCAAUCCCCAUUUCCCUCCUGAACUCCAGGCUCAAACAACCCUCAUCAACUUCACGGUGACCCCGGCUGGUCUGGAGGAGCAGCUGCUGGGACAAGUAGUAUCCCGGGAAAGGCCUGACCUUGAAGACCUGAAGAUGGAGCUGACCAGGCAGCAGAACCACUUUAAGAUUGAGCUUAAAAGGUUGGAGGAUGACCUGCUGAGUCGCCUCUCUACAGCCUAUGGUAAUUUCUUGGGUGAUAUUUCUCUGGUGGAGCAACUUGAGAUCACCAAGACCACAGCUGCCCACAUUCAAGACAAAGUGUUGGAGGCCCGAGAGAAUGAGACAAAGAUCAACGAGGCUCGGGAAAUAUACCGCCCUGCUGCUGAGAGAGCGUCACUCCUCUUCUUCAUCAUCAAUGACCUCAGCAAGAUUAACCCCAUUUACCAGUUUUCCCUCAAGAGUUUUAUCUCAGUAUUUAGCAAAGCGAUGGAGCAUGCGGAAUGUGAGGAGGAUGUGAGCGGCAGAGUGGCCGCUCUCACCGAGGCCAUCACCUAUUCUGUAUUCCUGUACACUAGCCAGGGCCUGUUUGAGAGAGACAAGUUAACCUUCUUGUCACACACUGCCUUCCAGAUUCAGCUCAAGCAGAACCUGAUCGAUGCCAAGGAGUUUGACUUUCUUCUUCGUUUCCCGGUGGAAGCUAGCAAAAUUAGCCCCGUGGCCUUCCUUUCACCACAUGGCUGGGGAGCCAUUAAGACCAUUUCUUCAAUGGAGGCGUUUAAUGGACUGGACCGAGACAUAGAAAGUUCACCCAAGCGCUGGAGGAAGAUUGUUGAAUCCAGUUGUCCUGAAAAGGAAAGACUUCCACAGGACUGGAAAUAUAAGAGUUGCAUUCAGAAGCUUAUUAUCCUGAGAGCUCUGCGCCCUGAUAGAGUGAUGUACACAUUAAGGAAUUUUGUGGAAGACUUCAUGGGAGCAAAAUAUGUUGAGACUGCAAGGUUGGAAUUUGACAAGUUGUACGAAAGUACCAGCCCAUCAACACCUGUCUUUUUUAUCCUCUCACCUGGUGUCAAUCCACUCAAAGAUGUAGAGAAACUCGGGUUAAUGCUGGGAUUGUCAAUCGAACUGGGCAGUUUGCACAAUGUUUCACUGGGACAGGGACAGGAAGAUGUAGCUGAAAGGGUGCUCAGGAAUGCUUCUAAACUUGGACACUGGGUCAUUCUGCAGAAUGUUCACCUGGUAGCACGCUGGCUCCCUGCUCUUGAAGCUCUACUGGAGAGCGAGGCAGUGGAUUGUCACCCCAGCUACAGAGUGUUCAUCACUGGGGAACCAGCACCUAGCCCCGAGCAGCACGUAAUCCCCAGAGGCAUUCUCGAGAAUGCCAUCAAAAUAACCAACGAGCCGCCCACUGGCAUGAAUCCCAGUCUGCAUGCAGCCCUUAACAACUUUAGUCAAGACACUCUGGACAUGUGCUCACGAGAACAGGAAUUCAACUCCAUGUUCUUCUCCCUCUGCUUCUUUCAUGCUUGUGUCACGGAGCGCCGAAAGUUUGGCCCCCAAGGGUGGAACCACAAGUAUCCCUUUAACACCGGGGACCUCACCAUCUCAGCUAAUGUUUUAUUCAACUACUUAGAGUCCAACUCCAAGGUGCCAUGGGAAGAUCUGUGCUAUCUCUUUGGGGAGAUCAUGUAUGGUGGACAUAUUACUAAUUACUGGGACAGAAGGCUGUGUAAGGCCUACCUGCAAGAAUUUAUGCAUCCCAAAAUGUUUGAAGGGGAGCUCUAUCUGUGUCCUGGCUUCAUGGCCCCUCCAUUCAUGGACCACAACGGGUACCACACUUAUAUUGAUGAACAUCUUCCACCUGAGAGUCCCUCUCUGUACGGCCUGCAUCCAAAUGCAGAGCUUGAGUGCCUCACCCUCACCUCGGACAACCUCUUAAAGACUCUGCUUGAGCUGCAGCCACAGGACUCCUCCGGAGGAGAGGGGGCAGUAUCGAGCACAGAGGAGAAGGUCAAGUCUAUCAUUGAAGACCUUCUUGACAAGCUUCCUGAGCAGUAUAACAUGGCAGCAAUGCUGGUCAAGGCAACAGAGCGAAGCCCGUACAUUUCAGUCUGUUUGCAGGAAUGUGAACGCAUGAAUCUUCUACUGGCAGAAAUGAAGAAGACUCUUGAUGAACUAGAUCUUGGCCUAAAGGGAGAGCUCACCAUCUCUUCUAGUAUGGAGACUCUGCAGUCGGCCCUGUUCAGUGAUGCUGUACCAGAUUCCUGGGCCAGAUUGGCUUACGCCUCCACCAAAACGCUUGCACAAUGGUUCAGUGAUAUCAAGUGUAGCUGUCGCGACUUGGAUAGCUGGACACAGGACCUUGUUCUACCUGCUGUUGUUUGGCUCUCGGGCCUCUUUAACCCGCAGUCUUUCCUCACCGCUAUUCUGCAGAGCAUUGCUCGUAGGAAUCAGUGGCCCCUGGACAAAAUGACGUUGACUGCAGAUGUGACAAAGAAGACAAAAGAUGAUUUUGGCCAUCCACCACGGGAGGGGGCCUAUAUUCACGGCCUCUUCAUGGAAGGAGCGCGUUGGGACACUCAGUCGGGAGUCAUCGCCGAGGCAGUUUUGAGGGAUCUGACCCUUCCCAUGCCAGUGCUAUAUGUACGAGCUGCACCGGCGAAAGAGCAGGAGCUCAAAAACACUUACGAGUGUCCUGUGUACCGCACUAAACAUCGCGGAUCCACGUAUGUUUGGACGUUUUAUCUUCGAAACAAACAGCCUCCUGCGAAGUGGAUUUUAGCUGGUGUGGCCCUGCUGCUUUCAGUGUGACACCUAAUGGAAUGCAAAUAGUAUUAUUUCUUGCAAUAGUAUUAUUAUGCAAAGUUUUGCAUAACAUGUAAAAAACAAUUUGAUUUAGUCAUGUACAUAUUUUUAUACCUCUUGAUUAUACACAAACCUCUAGUACAUAUUUCUAUGUUUUGACUUUGACAUUGUUUGGUGUCAGCACAGCACUGAUCAUGUGGUGUGUUUUUUUUUUUUUUUUUCCUCCUCUUC